AUGAAAAUUGAAGAAGUCUGCCCAGUGAAAUUUAUAGAUAUUCUGUCAAAAGCACUCAAGGAGGAGAAGCAGCUAGAGAAGCCAGAAGAGGCAGCAUACAUCAAAACCGGACACGGAAGAGAAAUGCCCCCUGACAGCGCAGACUGGUACUACGUCAGAGCAGCAUCCAUACUUAGAAAGCUAUACAUGGAAGAGCUGACCAACCCAGAGAAGAGCAAACACGGCUUUGGAGUGAUGUGGUUCGCAAGAGUCUACGGAGGAGCCAAGAACAACGGACACAAGCCAUCUCACACAGUCUCAGGAUCAAAGAGUCUCGUGAGAAGAAUCCUUCAGUCACUUGAAAAUAUUAAACUAGUUUCUAAGCUGUCCAUGGGAGGAAGAAAGCUCUCCCCCAACGGACUAUCAUAUCUCCAAGGCAUGGCAGACAAAGCAGCCAAAACGGCAUAA